UAGAUGGCAUUAUGCUUAGCACUCGGUAACUAGUAAUCGCAUUGACAACACUAAACACGCGUGACAUUUCAACCUUCGUUUUGAGCCGGAAAAGAUUGAAAUUGGUGAAGUGGAUCAAAAAUUAUUUUAUUUUGAAAAUGGAUAUAAAUAAGGAAAACAUUUCAUCGCUACAUUUUGCAGUAUCACUACGAUAAAGGCAAGAACGCUGCACAGGCUUGUGAAAAAAUUUGUGCUGUUUACGAUGAAGAUACUCUAUCAAAAUAAGCAGCACGGAAAUGGUUCGCUCGCUUUCGUACUGGAAAUUUCGAUGUCAAAGAUGAACCUCGCUCCGGUCGACCAAUCACCGAAAAGUCCGAUGAAAUCAUGGAAAAAGUUGAGCGUGAUAAGCAUGUUCCUCACGAGUUGAGUGUUAAGACCAUGAUAGACCGAAUUAACAUUUGCGAUACGCUACUGAAACGGAAUGAAAUUGAGCCAUUUCUGAAGAAAAUGAUAACUGGUGAUGAAAAAUGGGUCACGUACGACAAUCGAACUCGAAAAAGAUCGUGGACAGAGAAAGAAGAGAAGGCGCAAGCAAUCGUAAAACCUGGAUUGACGACAAAGAAGGUGAUGUGUGUGUGUGGUGGGAUUGGAAGGGAAUCGCUCACUAUGAGCUGUUACCGCUCGGUCAAACAAUUAAUUCCGAACUCUACUGUGAACAACUGGAGAGAUUACAACAAGCAAUUGAGAGGAAGCGGCCAGAAUUGAUAAGAGGGGUGUCGUCUUCCAUCACGACAACACUCGACCACACACAUCUUUGAUGACUCGGCAAAAAUUUCAAGAGCUUGGAAGUUUUGAUGCAUCCACCGUAUAGUCCUGACAUAGCACCCUCAGACCAUCAUUUGUUUAGGUCUCUGCAGAACUCUCUUAAUGCUGUAAAGCUGGCUUCAAAAGAGGCCUGUGAAAAUCACUUGAAGCAAUUUUUCGACCAGAAACCACAUAAGUUCUAUCGCGAUGGAAUUAUGGCUCUACCCCAAAAAUGGCAAAAUAUUAUCAAAAAUAAUGGAGCAUAUUUAGUUUGAAUAAAUUGAUUUUAAUACUCUAAGAAAAA